CCCUGCUGUAGCCGACUGAGCGCUCUACAUUUUUCGUUAGUUACUCUACACUCAGACACGCCAAAGGAGCGUUCUGUAUCAACAAGAGUUUCUGAAGUUGGUUGGGCAAACCUUACAGCCGCAUAUAUCUCCUUUGCGCGCUCUCUCUUCCCCAUUAUGGAUAAUUCUAAAUCAAAUGCUGUCGCGGUUAACGUAGUGAACGGACAUUCUAAAAGUGAUGAAGCUUCGGUAACCGAAUCCACCGUAGAGUCACCUGUGUUUUGCUGCGGCUGUCUGAGGCGGAUCAGAGGCUGGAUCCCCGUGCAUUAUAAAGAAGAGAUUGGCCAAAUUCUGAAACUAACGGGACCGGUGGUUAUAUCCCAGCUGAUGAUCUUUCUGAUCAGUUUUGUCAGCACCGUGUUCUGUGGUCACCUGGGGAAGACUGAGCUGGCUGGGGUGGCACUGGCUAUAGCGGUGAUCAAUGUCACCGGCCUCUCCAUUGGCUCUGGCCUGGCAUCAGCCUGUGACACUCUCAUAUCUCAGACAUUUGGCAGUGGUAAUAUGAAUCGUGUUGGCAUGAUUCUACAAAGGGGAGUUCUGAUUCUGCUCCUGGCCUGCUUCCCCUGCUGGGCUCUCCUCAUCAACACUGAACCCAUCCUAUUGGCUGUUAAACAGAGCCCGGAGGUCGCCAGGCUCUCCCAGCUGUAUGUGAUGAUCUUCAUGCCAGCCUUGCCGGCUGCCUUCAUGUUCCUGCUGCAGGGGAAAUAUCUGCAGAAUCAGGUGCAGUGUAUUACAGCCCCAUCAUCAGAUGACAG